AUGAAUGCCAAGUCCAUGGCGAUGUCAUACGUGUACCCCCUUGAAGAUCUUCACCAAUUAGUAGCUUCUUGGCCUUCCGCAACAUGGGGGCUAGAUGUUAUUGGUCCCAUCAAUCUGCCUUCGGCUAAAGGACAAAAAUAUAUUUUAGCAGCAACAAAUUAUUUCUCCAAAUGGACUGAAGCAAUUGCGUUGCAAAAUGUCAAAGAGAGAGAUGUCAUACAUUUCAUUCGGCAUGAGAUAAUACAUCGCCAAGGCAUCCCGAAAAAGAUCAUCACCGACAAUGGCACUCCUUUCAAGAAUAGGGGUAUGGAGAAACUAUGCCAGAAAUUUGGCAUGCAACAUUUGUUCUCGAUGCCCUACUAUCCGCUAGCCAGCGGAUUAGCUGAAGCCUUCAAUAAGACAAUUGUAAAAAUAUUGAAGAAACCUGUCACAGGAAAUAAACGCGACUAG